ACCUUCCUUCAGCUAGCGCGACGGGGUGAGGCGGUACCUACCCCAGUUACCGCCCUACCUCCCUCCCCCCCUUCCCACGGCCCUUCUUCCCCUUCCGCUGCCCUCGUUCGCUGCGUUGCGUUGCGUAGCUUGGCGUCGCUCGCUUUGCCUUUGCUGUGUGUGCAGCUUCUGAGCUCGAUUCCAAUCCGUUGCUCAUUCUCUUGUGGGUUUGCCCUACUACACAGUUCGUAGCGGCGUUUCAGUGGGGUGCAUGAAACUUCGUCUCAAUUUUUGGUUUCCACCCACAAGGGUUGUUGGUUGAGUUCAAUCUUGAGCUGGUUGAGGGUGUUGAGUGUGUCCAUUGGGCUGGAGCUCGUGUUUUCUUCUGGGUCGUGGUUGGUUUUUGUGGGAAUUGGAAGAGAUGGGGGUGAAUGUAGAAGACUAGGGUGGUCUACGGCCUUAGCUGUAGAGGGUAGAGGAGAGGGGGUGCGAGUCAGCGAGCUCGGCCAUAGUGUGCGAGUGGCUGUAGUUUUCGUAACUUUCCUCUUCUGCUUCUGCUGAUGCGGCUAGUUCCGCUUCGUCUCGUUGUAUGAGCUUUGGUGAUCGCUACACCGCCAUUGAGCUUCACCGUGAACUUCGCUCUCGCGCUGUCUAGCGUUCUCUUUGUGUCUUUGUGGAGCCCUUCGCUUCUUGGGGUUGAAGGAAGAACUGGGGGGGAGGAAGACGUAGCUUUAGCUGCAGCUGGGGCGGUUCUCAGGGGAGAGAGAUGCCUAUGGGUGAAUCGGUGGGGUGAGAGAGACGGAGAACUCUUCUUGAGAAGAGUAGAGGUACUGUUUGCUUGUAAAUAUUUUUUAAGCAGAGGAAGUUGUUGUGACGAGAGAAGCAGAUUUGGGAGGAGUAAGAAGAGUGUUCAUACCGGCGUGAAUAGUGGUAUUGAUAUUAUGUAGCAGGCUCGAUUACCGAAGAGCGUUUGAUGGGAGCUGAAGGUGGUAUGCAGCGAGCCAUUGUUUUGUCGUGGUCUAUUGCAACGAGUGGAGGGAACGUAAGCUGUAGAGUGGGCAUGGGUGAGUCACGGGAUGGGGGGUCACAAGUCAUGGUGGCUCCACAGCAGCUACAACUGCCGCUGAAACGAAGUCAUCAGAACCAAAACAACCGACAGUGUAGUGGCGCCAUCAACGGCGCUAGUAAUAGCGUUCGGGGGGCAAACCCUGCUAUGUUGGACACUCCCGAUGAGUUUCCCGUUGGAAUGCGUGUCCUUGUUGUCGAUGACGAUCCCACUUGCCUCGUGCUUCUGGAGCGAAUGCUGAUCCUAUGCUCUUAUCGAGUUACUACUUGCGGAAGGGCAACAGAUGCACUGUUGUUGCUCAGGGAAGACAUCGGCAAAUUUGAUCUUGUCAUCAGUGACGUUGACAUGCCGGAUAUGGAUGGGUUCAAAUUGCUGGAGCUCGUUGGGCUAGAGAUGGACUUGCCUGUCAUUAUGAUGUCUGGAAACGGAGAGACAAGUGCAGUCAUGGAAGGUGUUAUUCACGGUGCAUGCGACUAUCUUAUCAAGCCGGUGGGAAUAAAAGAAUUGAGAAACGUUUGGCAGCAUGUGGUUAGGAAAAAGCGGCAAGAAGUUAAAGCCGUAUCAAUGAAGAGUAUCGAGGAAGCUGGUGGCUGUGAGAGACAGAAGCGGGCUGGUGGAGCAGACGAUGCGGACUACACGUCUUCUGCUACGGACACCACUGAUGGUAACUGGAAGUUGUCGAAAAGGAGGAAAGGGGAGUUCAAGGAAGAAAAUGAGGACGAUAACGAGGAGAACGACGACCCAUCUACCAUGAAGAAACCUCGAGUAGUGUGGUCUGUCGAACUUCAUCAGCAGUUCGUCAGUGCUGUGAACCAGUUAGGAAUAGACAAGGCUGUUCCUAAGCGGAUUUUGGAGUUGAUGGGCGUGCAAGGUCUCACUCGUGAAAACGUAGCGAGCCACUUGCAGAAAUACCGCUUAUAUUUGAAGAGACUUAGUGGCGUCACAAACCAGCAGUGUAGCAUGAGUGCGCAUUUUUGCGGCACUGAGCCAUCUUCUAUGAUAUCUCCCGAUAUGGGUAUAGCAAACGGGCAGCUUACUCCUCAAGCGUUAGCCCAGCUCCACAUGUUGGGCAGGAUGAAUUCUUCCAAUGUAAUAGGUUUCUCUGGUGGCCUCGACCCCACGUUAAGUCAUCAAUUUUUUCUGCAGGACUUGCCUAGACCUCCGCACUUAAAGGACAUGUUAAAAAACAACGCUGGGUUCUUAUCUUCUUUUCCAAAUGGAUUACAACACCUGGAUCAGCUGUCUGAGCCUCACCAUCUCUCUGUGGUGAAUGAUUUGGAGGAUUACCCUACUAACACCAAGGUCUUCCCUCAGUUGAAUGGGAACCCUGGUAUGUCGAUUGGAUCUGUAGGAAUCGCCGAAACAAACUUCGGCUCAAAUUCCAAUGGUGACUCACUGUUGAUGCAUAUACUACAUUCAAGGGCUGCUCAUCAAGGCGGAGGGUCGUCUUCAAACUUGCCACAACCUAGAGCUGGUCUGAGUCCAUCUCAUCCUCUCUCGAAUGACAUCAAUUUUGCUCAUGUAGGUUCUUUGCCCAACCUGGCUGGAAACUUGGUCCCUACAGCUGAGUUAUCAUCAAUACCAGGGUCGGCAGGUGGAAGAGAUCUCUCAUCCUCAGUAGGUUUCACAGGAGCUUCUCUAUCAAGUCCUUUGGGUUCUAUAGUCCGUGGGCCUCUUGCGGCUGAGGAACCAUCCAACCUUGUCAACUCCACGAGUGGCACCUUCAGCUGCAUGGUACCCUCUGUCCAGUCAUCGAUACUUAGAGGUGUUGCGUUGCAUACCUCUUUGAACGAAGGCUUGGAUCAACAACUGCCAAUGUGGGCAUUGUACCAAAACCCUGUAAACCGCUUGAGCCAUGGGAACUCACAAGGGCUCUCUCAUGACACCUUGCAAUGGUCAGGAUUGACAGAGAACCUAGGUUUAGGAGAUAUGGGUCAGUCUCUGAGUGCGGGCCUAAGCUCUCAGUAUUCCUCUCAAAGCCAGGAUCAUGGGAUUGGGUUUGCAGCUCGCAGCCAAAGAAUAGCAUAUACUCAACAGAAUGUGGGCUUCCCAGUCAGUUCUGCACUGGACAGCAGAAUGGUCAGGUCUUCUUACGAGCCAGAAGGUUUUCAGGGAGUUCUAUGAUCGACAAUGACAUCUGGAAAACGAUUCAUAGCUGGGGUAUUUAAGCUUAAGCUUUUUUGUAUGAGAGUCUAACUGAAGAAAACUAGGGUUCUGCAGUAGUCUGCUCAGUCUUUUUCCCUUUGAAGUCUGGAUUCAUACAAAUGGGAGCUGCUGCUCUUAGAAAUUCAUCUUUUACCUUCCACAGCGCUGGUGGUGUCUAGAACCCUUGAACAUCUCUCGGACACCAGGAGGGCAUGCGUCGUUUUCUGAUUGGACCAGGUUCCUGAAGCCCAAACCUAUGAACAGCAGCAUCCACUACGUUGGCUUCGGUGCUCUGGAAGGUGAUGAGUUCCAUGCAAGUCACAAAUUCAGUGACCAGUUGAUUCGGCCAUCCUGGCGUCCACAGUGCGCUAUGGUUGUCGAUGGUGACGACCUACCGGAGGUAGAUACAUUGAGGGGCCCGGCCAUGAGCUGUCCAUGUAAAUCAACCUUCUCCUUGUGACAUUCUAAAAACUGUAGCCUGUGUCUGUGCCUGUUGUACAACCUGAACCUCUCACAUAGUGCUCAGUCAGUCUUCACUUGCUCAUUUUGUGAAUGUCGUUUGUAUCAGAACCUGUUGGGACCCUAUUGUGUAGAAACUACACGUCAGUGUCUAGAUUAGCCAAAGCUCACAUCAGACAAAAGUAAUUCGAUUCAAUAGUUACAGAAGUAUUGCAAAACUUCUCAUGUUGUGGGAUGUAUUCAUGAGACUUCUUCACAUCUCUGUGCUGGCAUCAAAUAUUCUCGACAGCUAUGGAGGAAUGAGAUCAUCUGAGGGUGGUACAUAGCUUUUAGCUUCUGGCUUUCUGGUUACGGCUUUUGUCUCUAGAAGGUCCCCAGCUGAAUUCACUCUCCAAGCUCCCGGUCACCACGUAUGCUUGGUACACCGCUUUUGCAACCGAAUUCUGAGGAUGAGAACACGAUUGCACUUUGAGUGCACUCAUGA